AUGCAUUUUGGAUUUUACCGGAAGGAAGAAGACAAAAUAAUUAAUUUACUUUGUAAAUAUCCUACUCUUUAUGAUACUAGUGUGGAGAAUUAUAAAAACAAUUUGAUUACGGAUAAUAUAUGGAAAGACAUUGGAAGGGAACUAAAGAAAAACACCACCACUACCGGUCAAGCUUACCAUAUUUAUCUGAGUUACUUCAGCAAUAUCUUGAAUAUUAUUAUUUUCUUCGAGAAUAAGUUAAGAACCGACUCUGCAGCUCCAAAGAACUCUAAGAAUAAAACUUAUGACCAAUUGAAAUUCUUAGAAAAUGUACCUCAACAUCGUUCUGGGGGCUCGAAUAUUCCUUUGUCGGAGACUCGGUAUAAGUUAGAUAUCAUAGAGGACACAUCCCAAGAUAUUCAGGUUGCGAAAGAAUGUACCGAAGAACCGGAUAAUAAAAAACUCAAAAAAGUACCAGAGAGAACAAUGCGGAAGAAAGAGACACUCAGAAAAAUCGAGCAAACAAAAGUUUGGCUCGUAAGCGAUGACUAAGUAAUAGAUGGAAAGAUGAAAAUAUUGUAAAAUAUUUGAAAGAAGGGGAGAAUAGACGAGAAAAUUUAAUGAAAAAUGUAACAAAAAAGGACGAUAUUGAAUUGUUUUAUCAUCAUAUGGGUGAAAUAUUAAGAAGUCUUCCUCAAGCAAAGAAAACAAAUUAAUGGUGUGUUAUAUUUUGAAAUACUAGCAGCUACCGACAUAAAUAAUUUGGCACCUAGUUCCUUGGCUUCUAAUUUAUCUUCUGGGCAGAAUAAGUUCAUACACACCAUCUCUCAUGACGAGAAUGAUUCUUCAGAAUAUAAAUCCUAGUAUCAAAUCAGAAUCAAUACAUAUUAUUCAAGAAUUAGCGAAUAAUGAAAAUAGUAUUGAUGAAUUAAUUUCCAAAUACUUUCCUUAAGUUUAAAAAUAGUUCCUC